UUCAUUAAGGCGUGUCUUGCACAGUACUCCUCCGCUGCCGGAGGAUUCCACAUGCCUUUGAAAACUGAACCGCAGAAAUGUAAAGGGAUUUCUAAUACAGAGUCGAUACUUUUUUUACUACAGGUUACGAAGAGAAAUCUUCCACUACACCUAUGCGGAACAGAAAACUUGCAAUCAGAAAGAAAUGGCCACGUAUGCAGUGAAUUUGUAUUCAGUAAUACUGCUGCUUUUAGUUAAUAUUUCACAAGCAGAAGUAUUGCAUGGUUAUGAAGAUGAGUACCAUUUACUAGUAGGAGGUACAACAGUUAAUAAUAAAUAUCAAAAUCAUGCCCAUUUGAGGCAAAAACGUCAAGCAACUGCCGUUCAGGAAUAUUUUGCCGAUAUUGAGGUGUUGGUCAAUGUUACCAAUGAGUCCUUUCUAGAUGGAUUGAAACAAUUCUUGAAGAACAACAUAUCAUAUCCUCUUAAUGUUGAAACAAAUGUUAGCGUUACAAAUGGGGUCCUUACAACAGUUUGCACUCCCAGUGGUGAAGGCACACAGUGCAAGUGUGAAAACGAUUAUGCCUGGUCUUCUACAGACUGCAUCACAUUUGGAUCUUGCUCAGGAGGUUCCACUGACACCUGUGAUUGCAUCAAAGCAGCUCCACCACUUGGACUCUACUGCCAGGAAAAACUUUCUUAUGUUAUAAAAAUUUCUUUUUCGAUGGACCGUGAAUUUGUACCUGCUCUAAAUAAUAAAUCAUCCCCGUUAUAUAACCAGUACAAACAUGACAUUGAAGAUGCCAUAACUAGGAGUUAUUCUGGAACUAUAAAGGGCUUUCAGACAAUACAAGUCACAGGUUUCAGAAGCGGCAGUGUUAUUGUAGACUAUGAGAUAACGACAACUGGGACAUCAUCAUCUUCCGACUUGCAGGCAGGAAACAGCAAAGUAACAUCAGCUCUUCUUGUGAAAGGCUAUACAGUUGACCAGUCAUCUUUUAUAGCAGUUGUUACUGACAAGACAGAAUUUACUUCCACUCCCACCGUGGCCUUUGAAGGGGACACGUUAACCCUGAAUUGUGUCAUUGGAGUAAAUUAUUCCAAUUCAUUGUGGAAAGUGAAUGAUACAGAUGUCAAAGUUGAUGGAAGGCAUGUCAUUAGCAAAACAGCAAAUGGUACAACAUUAACAGUUCACCCUGGAUACAAUGCAAAUUAUACUUGCAUUUUCGAAGAUGGUUUUGUAAUAUACAAAUAUACACAACAAAUCACAAUUCAAAAUAAACCAACAAUCACAUCCACUUCAUCAGUUACUGCCUUUUGUGAUGAAACCAAUGACCUGAAGUGCUGCAUAACACCAUACAUGGAUUACUUCACUGUUGGAUGGAGUGAUGGAAAGAAUACAUUGAGUGGGGUGAAGAGCACAAACAAUCCAUACUGUUCUAUCUAUACACCAACUUCAGAAAUUUGCAAAUCAAAAUCUGUUUCAGUAUUAGGCUAUACUUGUGAAAUAAAAACAGGUUUUGGAGCUGUCUGGCAAGAAAAUAUUUAUGUGAAAUUCGUACAAAUGGGAAAUAAGACAGAAAUGAAAAUACAGAGUGUGUCUAGUGGUGAUGUAACAACCAUUACCUGCACAACUGACAUAGCAAACAAUUAUAAUACUUCAUGGUAUUUGAAACAAGGUACAGGUGAUUUCAUUCUUUUGAAACCUAGUGGUUCAGUAUGGAAUUCCGCUAGUGAUAAGAAUGAAAUGAAUCUUACGAUCACAACAGUCAACAAACUAUGGGAAGGUGACUACCGUUGUGUAUUUUCUUAUGAAUCAAGAAAUACCACUGCAACGGCUAGAAUGAAUGUGUAUUCAUUGCCAACAAUCACUGUGUAUCCUGAACAAAUGAAAUAUGAGUGUAACAGUAGUGUGACCAGUCAAGUAUUGAAGUGCUGUAUCCCUGUGGGUACAGAGACUUACACAAUGACAUUUAAUGACAAAAAGAUUGAACCUGGAGAUCUAAUAGCUUCACAGGAUCAGAAUUGUGCCAAUUUUACAUAUAUAUACCCACAAACAUGUGUGAAGAUUCAAGUCAUAACAUGUAAGGUAACAAACCAACUUCAGAAAUUAAUUACCAAGGACAUUACAUUGGAAUCUUUUAAAAAGACCGAAAAUGAAGUGUUAUGUUCUCAGCCUACCUACGGUGUUGGACAGAAUAAUGACAUCAUCACAACAGCAUGUCCACCACAACAAACUGGAACUAUCACUGUGCAAUGCAAAAGUGGGACUUGGAUUACUAUAAGUAACACAUGUGUAUUAAACGCAAUCAAUGACAUUUUCCUUAAAACUUUGCAACUGACAAGCAGCCCAAUACAAGUACAAACGUUGCUACCCUCCUUAAUUGAAAAUCUAAAGACCACUUCAACAAAUUUAAAAAGCAAUAUAACUUCAUCAACUGCAACCAUUUCCUCAGUGGUUAAUAUAUUGAACACCUUUUCAAACGCUGCUGAAAAUGUCACCAUUACUAAGACUGAAUUGACGGGAUUUCUUGAAACAGUGAACAAUGUAAUAGGAUUGGAUUCGUUACAAUCCUGGAACACCUUAAAUAAGAAUGCAACUGAUAAUUCCAGCUCUCGUUUACUGCAGUCAGUGGAACUUUUCACCAAGUCAUUAUCUACAAAUUCUUCCUUUCAACUAGAAACAAAUAACAUUAAUUUGAAGGCGACUAAAAUUGCAAAAAACAGUGACUACAAUGAGGCCUUUAAUUUUAACAAUACAAGAGUCAGUGGUAGUGUAAAUAUUCCUCAAUCAGAACUAAGCACUCUUCCUAACAACACUUUAAUCGUUAGUAUUGCUUACUUAAACCUUUCAGACAUCCUCCCACUCAGAAACAACACAACAAACAAAGAAGUAAAUGGCAUUGUUUUGACAACGACAGUGCGUGGCAAUGUUAAAAAUGUUGGCUUGGACUUUAUACUGAAGAAUACUUCUUUGGGUAACCCUCAGUGUGUCUUUUGGAACUUCAAUCUCUUCAACAACACAGGAUCAUGGGAUGACUUUGGCUGUAACCCACUGAUAUUGGAAAACAGUACCAUUCGCUGUCAGUGUGAACACUUGACUUCCUUCUCAAUCUUAAUGUCACCCAAAGAGAUAACAGACCCAGGUGUAAAAGAAGCAUUAGAUUACAUUACCUAUAUUGGAUUGGGCAUCUCCAUGGGAAGCUUAGUUUUGUGCCUUCUUAUUGAAGGAGUUGUAUGGCAGAGUGUGAACAAAAAUAAGACCUCUUACAUUCGACAUGUUUCAAUUGUGAACCUCGCUUUAUCUCUGUUGAUCGCUGAUAUAUGGUUCAUCAUAGGGGCUGCGAUUGACCCCUCCACACCAGCCUGCAGUGCAGCCACUUUUUUUAUUCACUUUUUCUACCUGGCCUUGUUCUUCUGGAUGUUAACUUUAGCUAUUCUGCUUUUCUUCCGAGUAGUCCUGGUCUUCAAAGACCUAGGCAAGUCACAAAUGCUGGCGAUUGCAUUCUGCUUGGGCUAUGGCUGUCCACUUCUUAUUGCUGUUGUUUCGGUAGCUGUUACUGCCCCUGGGGGUAAUUACACAAGAACAGGGGCAUGCUGGCUGAACUGGGAUAACACCAUGGUCCUCCUUGCUUUUGUUAUACCUGCCCUGGUCAUAAUUACAAUCAAUUUGAUCAUACUGGUUGUGGUAAUUGUCAAGAUGCUAAGACGAACUAUUGGAGACAAGCCUAGGGCUGAAGAAACAAGCACCUUAAAAGUAGUUGCUAGAUGCAUCGCCAUCUUAACACCAUUUCUGGGUCUUACCUGGGGAUUUGGAAUUGGAACGGUGGUUGCGCCUGACAACAAGGGAAUCAAUGUUGUGUUCACAGUGCUCAAUGCAUUUCAGGGAUUCUUUGUUCUAGUCUUUGGAACACUAUUGGACAGUAAGAUACGGGACGUACUGCUGAAGACAUUUUCGUUAUCAAGAUACGUCUCUCAGCAAACAAGGAGUACAACUGCCGGUGUUUCGAGUGGGAACACACAUUACAGAUCUAACAUCUUUGGCCAAAAAAAAACCUAUAGAUUGCAGGAAGCCAUGAGCUCAAGUAAUUCUACAUCAACUUACUCUGUUCUAAGUUAAAUGAAAAACAAAAAAGCAAUCUAUUGAUUGAGCAAUAGCUCAAAACUGUAAAGACACUGAAAUAUCUUUGCACAGAAGCAAAUGUCUUGAUAUCUAUCUAUCUAUCUAUAUAUAUAUAAUUCGCUCACAAGCCUUUUUUUUGUCCUUUUUUAAUAAAAAAUGUAUGAUAUGUAUCCCAACAUAAACAACUGGGCUUUUUUCAUGAAACACUGAAACUUCUUUGGAAAGGUUUAAGCUCUGCAAGCCUACUGUAGCUAAUGAAGACCAUUUCAAAUAGCCUUGGUUCACUGUUUUUAGCAUAAUUAACAUGAGGCUAAAUGUAAGAGUGAGAUCAUUAGAUGUUUAUUUCCAACCUUUGCAAAAAUUCCCAAUUGCAAUAGUGUUGAAGUUGAGGCCAUUUGCUGCUGUUAGCACAAGCCAAUUCUGAGCAGGUCAGCUCACACAAGUGUAGAAUCGGAAGCAAGGAUAUGUUAGCUAACACAAUCCAGGACAAGCCUCAUUGAGUAGUCUCGAUAAAAACAUGCUAUGUCCGUUCAGAAUUAAUUUGCAACCUCUGAUUAGUUGCAGUACAACUUCACUUAUUAUAUUCUGUUCAUUAAAAAAAAGCUGCUUCAAAUGCCAUUUUUACAGUUAUUUUUUACCGCCCCUGUGUGUGUGUAUAUGUCAAAUAUUCGGACGCCUUGUGAGGAUUUCCAUCCUCGAAGUCUGUGUAUUCAACACAUGCGGAUGCCCUAAAGGGCCUUAUUGCAUUUAUAAUCCAGGUAAAACAGUGGAUUUGAAGAAAAAAAAAAAAAAAAGCAUAACUCAUGUUUAAGGCAAACUUUUUUGUUUGGUUUUGUUUUUAUUAAAUAUCCCUACACCAAAUAAAGUAGUUUCAUGUAUAACUCUGAGCUACACACUAAGUUGAGUAAAAUUAUUCAGUUAAAACUUGUAAACGAAAGUAUUUUUUUAUAGUGUGCACAUUGCCAUUGUAAAAAUACACCAGAGGGCAGAGUUGAGUUGGCACUGGGUUAUUUUAUUUCUUUCUGUCAGAGCAGACACAAUGAACAGUACAGACGUGAGGAAUAAAAAUAACUUUACAACUUUACCUACGUCUCAGAUUUCAGUCAUGUUGAUCUGUGACAAAGCUCCCACUGCCCGUAUCCAUCUGAUAGCUGGAACCUUGGUCUACCAAUCACAUUGCUUGUUUCAUGUUCUAUUACGAGCCCAGGAUUUUAUAUAUAUAUAUAGAUUUUACUCACACCAUAUAUUGACAUUUGUACUGAAUGCAAAUAAAACACCUCCAGGUUGGUCUUUUGAACCACAAAUUCAAGCCCCAACAAAAUACAAUGCCCCAGAACUUGCAGAGUAUUCCACAUAUACACCAUUGGUCUCUAUAGAUAUGGGUGUUCCAUGGGUUUUGUUUUUAAAGCUGACAGAUGUUUAAAAAUAUUUAUAAGAUUUGGGUGCAGGUUUGUGUAUUUUUCACUAUUUAAGUUACCUUUAGGUCCUAAAAUGUAUUAGCAGAAAAAAAGUCAAUUACAUAAGCAAAUAUUGUAUUUACAUAUUUUUCGGUGGAUUGAUUUGAAACAGAUUAAUCAUAGUUUUAACAAUAGCAUUCAAGGUCCUUUGCCAGAGAUUAGGGACCUUGACCAAUCAUGUUAAAGUGAAUCUCCAAUGCCUGUUCUAAUUGGAGUUAAUAGCUUUGCAAAUCCAGCACAUAUUUGCUUAAAUAGUGAUACUGCUUAGAUUACUACCAAACCUACAUUUUGGUUUAUAAAAAAAAAAAAAAAAAGUUAAGUUGGAAAAUGUUUUUUAUCCUACUGUAGUAACUAGCAGUAAUACCUUUUAUUUUUGUUGCAUAUUAAUGUUGUUUGAAUUAUGCACUUUUGCCAUUAAGAUUUGUAUACAUUUUUCGUUUUGUUAUUUGUUAGGAGGUUGUGUUUAUGAAGUAGAUUUAUAUGGCCUUGCUUGUGAAACAAAUUAAUGUCAAAAUGUGAAAUGGUGCACUGCUGUUUAUUAAAUGCAAUUAGUUAAGUGCCCAAAAUAUACAACUCUGUCAAGUUUUGUAACUUUGAGUACUUUAAAUAAAUACUGUACGUAAUUUAACACUAACUUAUGAGGUAUGCAUUAAAUACAGCUUUACAUGUGUACUGUAUUGUUACUUUGAAUUACUGUACAAAAGCCUGGUCUUAAAAUAAAAACAAAAACAAUUCUU